GCUCAGAGAGUAAGAGAGGCGGCGCACUGGCACUGCCAGAGAGGAGCUGCUGCAGGACCCACUCCUAUUACUAUAUACAGAGAUCGGGCAGGGGGCCAGUGACACUCCCCUCCACACAGGACUAUUACAAGCAAGUGGGAUAUUGGGAGAAGAAGAAGAGCUGCAACUUCUACUCCACCAAAACCCACGAAGGGGGAGUGGAAAGGAAGAACUACCAUACUUUUUUUUUAUAAGCACUGAUUUUAUAUUUUUAUUAUUGACACUUGUUUUUUGUUUUGCGUUGUUUUGUGGUCACCGGAGCUGUCAUGGGGAAAGUAUUUGCAAGUUGCCUGCUGACUUUGGCUGGACUUUUACCUGCUGUAGCGUUUCAAACGUACUCAGGUAGCUGUUCCUUUGAUGAUCCCUACCAGUCAUGUGGUUAUAGUCAGUCUGAACACAACGAUUUUAACUGGGAGCAAGUGAACACUCUAGUGAAGCCGCCAUCUGAUCAAUGGAUGCCAUCAGGGUCAUUCAUGAUGGUGAAUACUUCUGGGAGGUUUGCUGGACAAAGAGCAACCCUAUUGUUACCUCAGCUCAAGGAAAAUGACACUCACUGUAUUGACUUUCACUACUUUGUAUCAAGUAAAAGCGGAUCACUCCCUGGAUUUAUGAAUAUUUAUGUCACCGUAAACAACGGGGCUCUGGGCAGCCCGAUCUGGAAUAUAUCAGGGACAGCAACUGGUACUUGGAAUCGAGCAGAACUGGCAAUAAGUACCUUCUGGCCAAAUUUUUACCAGGUUUAUUUUGAAGUUAUCACUUCUGAACAACAUGGAUACCUGGCUAUUGAUGAAGUGAGGGUUCUAGGACACCCAUGCUCUAAAACACCUCAUUUUAUACACAUUAAGAAUGUUGAUGUCAACGCUGGACAGUAUGCCACAUUUACAUGCAUGGCAAACGGGAAAGCAACAGCAAGCGACAGGCUCUGGUUACAGGGCGCUAACGGAAGGGAUGCUUCUUUGAAGGAAAUAAAAGUACAUAAUGCUCGGCGUUUUGCGGCCAUGUUUAAUGUAGUGAAUGCGACAAAAAGAGAUGCUGGCAAUUAUCGUUGCAUGAUUCGAACUGAAGGAGGAGUUGGAGUAUCAAACUAUGCAGAACUGGUUGUCAAAGAACCUCCUGUUCCCAUUGCACCACCUCAACUCUCAUCUGUAGGAGCAACAUAUUUGUGGAUACAGCUCAACGCAAAUUCAAUCAAUGGUGAUGGGCCCAUCAUUCAAAGAGAGGUAGAAUAUCGUACCACAAGUGGAAGCUGGUUUGACAUUCAGCUAGUGGACUCUUCUAGCUACAAGAUAGGACAUUUGGAUCCUGAUACAGAAUAUGAAAUAAGUGUCCUCUUAUCAAGGCCAGGAGAAGGAGGAACCGGAUCUCCAGGUCCAGCAUUGAGGACUAGAACUAAAUGUGCUGAUCCUAUGCAUGGCCCACGGAAAUUGCAAGUGGUGGACAUCAAGUCACGGCAGAUCACUAUUCGUUGGGAGCCUUUUGGAUACAAUGUUACUCGAUGUCAUCACUACAACCUCACUAUUCUUUACAAAUACCAGGUUGGAGGCCUGGAGCAAGUAAGAGAAGAAGUGAGCUGGGAUACUGAAAACUCUCACCCCCAGCAUACCAUCACGAACCUGUCACCCUUCACCAACAUCAGUGUGAAACUAGUGCUCAUGAAUCCCGAGGGCAGGAAAGAGAGCCAGGAACUCAUUGUCCAGACCGAUGAAGAUGUUCCAAGUGCUGUGCCUCUUGAAUCAAUACAAAGCAGUACAUUUGAAGAAAAGAUCUUUCUCCAAUGGCGGGAGCCGGCUCAAACAUAUGGAAUCAUUACAUUAUAUGAGAUCUCCUACAAGGCAGUCAGCUCUUUUGACCCCGAGAUAGAUUUAUCUAAUCAAAGUGGAAGGGUUUUAAAGUCAGGAAAUGAGACUCACUACCUGUUCUUUGGAUUGUAUCCCGGGACAACGUACUCUUUCACGAUCAGAGCCAGCACAGCCAAAGGAUUUGGACCUCCUAUUACAAGUCAAUUUACAACUAAAAUCUCAGCACCAUCUAUGCCGUCUUAUGAACUUGAAACGCCUUUGAAUCAGACUGACAGCACAGUGACGGUUAUGCUGAAGCCAGCUCAAAGCAGAGGUGCUCCUGUCAGUGUUUACCAAAUUAUCGUUGAAGAACGUCCUCGGAGGACAAAAAAAACAACAGAGGUUUUGAAGUGUUACCCAGUUCCCAUCCAUUUUCUGAACUCCACGUUACUGAACUCUCAGUACUAUUUUGCUGCAGAAUUCCCACCAAGUGUUCUAUCAACAGCCCUGCUGUUUACCAUCGGUGAUAAUAAAACAUACAGUGGUUACUGGAACGCUCCACUGCUCCCACACAAAAGCUACAGUAUCUACUAUCAAGCAGCCAGCAGGGCCAAUGGGGAAACCAAAAUUGACUGCGUCAGGAUAGCCACAAAAGCUGCGAUAAUCGUGACUCAGCUUACAACUCCAUACAUUCGCAUCGCCCCUGCUGCAGGCGACGACCAGCUAACAGGAGCAGCGACUCACAAGCCAGAUCCAGAACCUGAAGAGCAGUCUGACCACACAGUAAAAAUUGCCGGAGUCAUUGCAGGAAUCCUUCUGUUUGUCAUCAUAUUCCUGGGAGUUGUUUUAGUGAUGAAAAAAAGAAGAAGCUAUAACUCCUACACAUAUUACCUGAAACUGGCCAAGAAGCGUAAAGAGACUCUGAGCAACACGCGUCAGGAAAUGACAGUGAUGGUGAAUUCGAUGGAUAGAAGUUACACAGAGCAAGGCACCAACUGUGAUGAGGGUUUCUCUUUCAUGGACACGCACAAUUUAAAUGGCAGAUCUGUGUCGUCACCUUCAUCCUUCACAAUGAAAACAAAUACCCUAAGUACAACCGUACCUAACGCCUACUACCCAGAUCCGUUUGUGCCCACCGCAAUCUUAGAAAAUCUGGAAUACCAGGACCAGAAUGGGAGUUUGAAAACCAGGACUGGACCAGAAUCUCAUGAGGAUAUGGAGUUAGGUUGGAUAUGUUAUGAAAACCAUACGAACAGCGAAACCAGCAGCUUAGCUCAGCCUCACACUUACAAGAAACGAGAACCAGCUGAUGUUCCAUACCAGACAGGCCAACUUCACCCAGCAAUCCGUGUAGCUGACUUACUGCAGCACAUCACACAGAUGAAGUGUGCUGAAGGCUACGGAUUCAAAGAAGAAUAUGAAAGUUUCUUUGAAGGACAAGCAGCUCCGUGGGAGUCAGCUAAGAAAGAUGAGAACAGAAUGAAGAACCGAUAUGGGAAUAUCAUAGCCUAUGACCAUUCCCGAGUGAGACUCCAAAGCAUUGAAGACGAAGCCUGCUCAGAUUAUAUCAACGGAAAUUAUAUUGACGGCUAUCAUAGACCCAAUCACUAUAUUGCCACACAAGGGCCAAUGCAAGAAACAGUAUAUGACUUCUGGAGGAUGGUGUGGCAUGAAAAUACAGCCAGUAUAGUCAUGGUGACCAAUCUAGUGGAAGUAGGCAGGGUUAAGUGCUGCAAAUACUGGCCAGAUGAUACAGAGAUUUAUAAGGAUAUCAAAGUGACACUUAUUGAAACCGAGCUAUUAGCAGAAUACGUCAUUAGAACGUUUGCAGUGGAAAAGAGAGGUGUACAUGAGAUCCGUGAAAUUCGCCAGUUCCACUUUACAGGAUGGCCAGACCACGGGGUGCCAUAUCAUGCCACAGGACUUUUGGGAUUUGUACGGCAAGUUAAAUCCAAGAAUCCAUCCAAUGCUGGCCCAUUGGUUGUGCACUGCAGUGCUGGUGCUGGCAGAACGGGCUGUUUUAUUGUCAUUGACAUCAUGCUCGACAUGGCAGAAAGGGAAGGUGUCGUAGAUAUCUACAACUGUGUCAGAGAACUUCGGUCCCGCCGGGUUAAUAUGGUACAGACAGAGGAGCAAUACGUGUUCAUCCAUGAUGCCAUAUUGGAGGCCUGUCUUUGUGGAGAUACAUCAAUUCUGGCCUCUCAGGUCAGAUCUGUGUAUUAUGAAAUGAACAAGGUUGACCCUCAAACAAACUCCAGCCAAAUUAAAGAAGAAUUCAGGACAUUGAACAUGGUAACACCAACACUACGAGUAGAAGACUGCAGUAUCGCACUUUUGCCCAGAAAUCACGAGAAGAACCGCUGUAUGGAUGUCCUACCUCCCGACAGAUGCCUUCCAUUCCUUAUAACCAUAGAUGGCGAGAGCAGUAACUAUAUCAAUGCAGCACUGAUGGAUAGCUAUGUUCAACCAUCAGCUUUCAUUGUCACCCAACAUCCCUUACCAAACACAGUGAAAGACUUCUGGAGACUAGUCCUUGACUAUCACUGCACAUCGAUAGUGAUGUUAAAUGAUGUGGAUCCUGCACAGCUGUGUCCGCAGUACUGGCCUGAAAAUGGAGUACACAGGCACGGCCCUAUUCAAGUGGAAUUUGUAUCUGCUGAUUUAGAAGAGGACAUAAUAAGCCGAAUAUUUCGGAUUUACAAUGCUUCAAGGCCUCAGGACGGGUACCGAAUGGUACAGCAGUUCCAGUUCCUUGGUUGGCCUAUGUACAGGGACACCCCAGUCUCUAAACGAUCUUUCCUAAAGCUCAUUCGCCAAGUGGACAAGUGGCAAGAAGAAUACAAUGGAGGAGAAGGCAGAACAGUUGUUCACUGCUUAAAUGGAGGUGGGCGCAGUGGUACAUUUUGUGCAAUUAGUAUUGUUUGUGAAAUGCUCCAGCACCAGAGGGCGGUUGAUGUAUUUCAUGCUGUGAAGACGCUGCGGAACAAUAAGCCUAACAUGGUGGACCUUUUGGAUCAAUACAAAUUCUGCUAUGAAGUGGCGUUGGAAUAUUUAAAUUCCGGAUGACUGCACUAAUGAUUUGAAUAAGCAAAGGAAAACAGACAAAAAAACAAA